AUGCGUCGGAUUGAGCGCUGCAUAACUUACCAUUUGCAAGUCAAGGUUCUGUUUGGUGAUGCAGGCACCGUGGAUCAGUCGCAAGCAGCUGCAAAGCGGCUCAAUGAGGCUUGCGGGCUGCAGCACGACGCUGCAUCGAGACGACUGCCAGAAUUGCUCGUCGGAUUUGCCGAAACCCAUGCAUACCUGUCUGACGUUGCGAUACUGCGUCGGGUCUUGUUGCUCUGCCCUGCCUCGCCUGUUAUCUUGGCCUGCUGUCGGCAUGAGCGUUGGCUCUUCCGUCCCUUGAGAGACUAUCGGACCGAGGACCUCGUCUCAUCCAAGCGCUGCCAAAUUCUUCAAAGCCUGCCUGUCGGUACGAGCAGGCGCCACGGCGGCGUACCACAACAAUACCUACGCAACAUGCCUCGCUCUCGAACCCCUAAGGCGACCGAUGGGUCGAGAAAUGCCAGCGCCGACGAAAGCGAUGCGCCUCUAGAUCCAACAGCUCCCCUUCAGACCAGGCGCACACGCAAGCGCCCUGCUCAAUCCACUCGCGACAGCUCAGCAGAUCGUCCCGUGCCUCAAACCGCCUCUCGAUCCCGGUCUGAAGCUGCCGACGGACCGAGCAACACAGCCAACGCCGGUGCCGCAGAGUCCCUCUCCCAUGCAGACCGACAGCGUCAUGGCGAACGACGCGCAGCUGCUGAAUCUCCCCUCUCAGGACCGUCGACAUUCGAGACGCCGAAUCAGGCGCGCGACCGACUUGCCAUGAUGCAGUCGGAAUUACCUCGCAGCGACAAUCUCGCUCGCUCCCCCUCUCUUCAUCGUUCCGUACGUAGCACGCGCUCUAGCAUCGAGCCUCGCCCUCUCACAGACCAGCGAGAACGGGAUGCAGGCUGGCGAUCUUCGACCAUGGAGCAAGGUCUCUCCAGUCAAUCUUUUUCGUCUCGCUUUAUUGAACAGCCGAUGCCGGCAGAUGCGAUGGAUGGACAAGACGCCCUCAUGAUGUCAGUGCGCGACUUAUCUCAACAGAGUGACAGCAACUCGCUUCAGCCGCUCACGAUCCGCACGCAAAACAUGACUGUCCAGCCUCAGUCCACGUCUCCGUUCACCUCGGCGACGCCCAUGGCGAGGUCCCACAGCAACAUGUCCCCUCCUCGACCGACACGCUCCCUGCCUCGCCGUCGAGCUUCGGCCCGCACACAAACCCGACCGCAGCACUCUGGCUCCAACAACGCCUCUCCCUCCUACCCACUUCGAUCGCGCUCGACUUCCAGCUCCAACAUUCUUGCACCCAGCAAUUCCACGGCCAACAUCCUCGCGUCCGGCCAUAGUCGUCACAAUUCCGCAACCGGCUGUCUUCCACUCGGCGGAGGCUUCGACCCCUCCCACCUCCCACCGUCUGGAUCGUUGACGCCGCGAACGCCUCUGGCCGAGAUUCCGCUCUGGUUGGCGGAUAUGCGCAGCGACAGUCGCAGGAGCAGCACAAGCUCGUCCAGCUUCUUGGAUCGAGAAGAUCCGUCAAGCGCGUCCUUAGCUUUGCCCACACGACAUGCCAGGACGAUGUCCACGUCGUCCUCGUCAGGACCGUCGAGCCCGGGCGCCACACGCAACGGUCCUACGUCGCCCGCCGUGGCCUUCCGCCGCUCGUUGCGCGGAAGCAGACCACGUCCGAGCGACGAGAAUGCCCGAGUCAGUCCCUCGCCCUCGUACUUUGGCGAGUACGAUGCACUCCCAUCGCCUUCCCCUUCUUCCUUCCGAGGCGAUUUGACACCUUUCGACGAGUCGUUCGAUGCCAACACUAUCCUACCGUCGGGCGUGCUCCACAUGGGCACUGCAUCUCCUCCGACACCCUUGGUGCAGGUGCAGCAGACCCCGAGCCCGGCCAUGUCGACGCGCAGCCGGACGCUCAACGGUGCAGGCUCUGUACGUGGCAGGAGGCUCACCAACCCGCUCAACACGCCGGCCUCGGUCGAGCCACUUGGCGUGCCGUAUGGCACUGUGAGAGCGCAGCAGCAGGAUCCUCCGUCCGCGUUUCACCAAGCAAGGUCCAACGCGCAGGAACGGAGGACGCGCAACAGCGAUGUGCAGAGGGCCGGCACGUUGCACGAACGUCGAGCUGCUGCUGCUGCUUCCCAGAGUGCUGCCGCACGUGGCAGCAGCCGUCCGAGCUCGAGGACGUCGUCGCCUGCGCAUGGAACGCGGUCUUCUCGACGACGCAGCAUCGCAGCAGACGCUCAGGCGAGCCCGGCACUGGACAACAGCGCGUUGGGCCCUCGACCGGGUCGAUUGCCGCCUCUGCAGAUCCCCAGCGUUCGUGUAGCUCGUGAGGCUGGUUCGACAAUGCCCGACGCAUCAUCACUGGUGGCCACGAUUCCCGAGCAAGUUUCGGAAGGAGAGCGGUGGGUUCACGGUUCACAGGCGGCGCAACUGGAACCUGGCUCUCCCUCAGCAUUCUCCGAGAUGACCAGCUUGACGCAAGGUUCGACCGCAUCGGAAAGCAUCAACAGCGCCAACGGCAUGCCCGUCACCCCCUCGUCGACCCAAUCGAUGCUGGACCCCUUUGCGCAAUCGGCUAUGCACGACGCCGGAAUUGUCGAGGCUGGCAUCUCCGUCGCUGGCAGUCGAGCGCAAGGAAAACCGGCUCAAGCAUCUCGUGAUGCAGAUUCGGUGGAAGAGGCUGCCGGCAUCCAACUUCGUCCUCGUUCGUGA